UUCGUGAUUCAUGCCUAAACUUAUAUAAACACAUAUGGUGAAGAAACAUAUUUAAAGAUAUAUUUGUAAUUUGGCUGAUAGGCAGUAUUGUUUUGCGAGCGUUGAACCUUUAGCGCAUGAAUCAUGAAAAACAUGUUGCAAGCAUAGUAAUAAAUAAUUGACUCAGACAUAAGUACAUAGAUAGAUUUAUAUUAGAGCGCGUUUCGCGUGUGUACAAUACAACUGACGUUGUACGGCUAAGUUUGUAAAAAUGUUUGGUGUUACAAUUAAAUAAAAAAGGAAUAAUGUAAAAUAUAAAAAACAAUACUAAAUGUUUUUUUAAUAACUCGUAUAUAAGUUAGAUACAAAAGAGUUCGUCAGUUUGAUAGCAUCACAGAAGGAAAUGUUACAAUUCUGAGAGCCGCAUCAAAGAGCAGGUUGCAAGCAAAUAGAUAAUGUUUAUUUUUCACAUAACAGAAAGAGAAACAAAAUGGAUAUGAUGUCAAACAAAGACAAAUUUUAUGACCAGACAAAUGUGUCCUGCUCCGCGUUUAGAACUACACAGUUGGAUUUUGUUACAAACAUAAUUUUGUGUUUAGUUCUUUCUGUUUUCAUGUUUGGUGCACUUAUACUCAAUGCAAUUGUCAUUGUGUACAUUAACAAAAGGCGGAAACACAAAGAGUUUACACGAUUUUUUCUAACGUCAUUAGCAACCGUAGAUUUACUUGUUGGAAUAACUUUGAUGCCAUUUAGUAUUGCAAAUGAAUUCAUGGAAAUGAAACAAUUACUUGGAGUAACAGCGUGUUCUGCGAUGAACAGUUUAGACGUCAUGCUUACGUCUGCAUCAAUAAUUCAUUUGUCUGUUUUAACUUUUGAACGUUACAUAGCCUUAUGUAAACCCUUUUCAUAUGGACGGGUGUGCAACAGGAAGAAUAUGUUUAUAAUGUUUAUUAUGUCUUGGAUUCUUGUUGCAACAGUUUCAUUCGGUUUCAUCAUGCCGGGAUUUCACCAUCUCGGAAUUGAUCCGUUUAUAUUAACUUGCAUAGAGAACGUCUCCCGACAGUGUAGAUUUGUUGUAAAUAUAUAUUAUGAUCUAAUCAUAUCGUCUGUUACCAUUUUCAUUCCGGGAUUUUUCAUAUUCGGGUUUAACACACUUGUUAUGAAACAUGUUCGGAAACAAAGUACAAAAAGAAAAUUUUAUCUGACUUGUGGCGGACAAAGUCGAAAUCAUAGGAACGGAAGUGAAUCCCAGAGUUUGCAUAUUGCAAAAACAAUAGCAGUUCUUACAGGAAGUUUCUUUCUUUUCUGGUCACCUUUCUUCAUUGUUACAAAGAUUUUAGUAUUCACAAAAUACAACAUGCCUUACAUUGUCGAGAUAGCGGUUAUUUGGCUAGGAUAUGCUAAUUCGUGUAUUAAUCCCUUGCUGUUCCUUCUUUUACAAAGUAAGACAUGUAUAGGGAAAAGGUAAACAUGGUAAAAAUGUCUUUACUUAUAAUUAAUUCAUUUAUAAUAAGUUGAUUCAAUAUUGCAUAUAUGUUUUGAAUUGUUCAACUUAACAAAAAUUUAAAGAAAUUUAUUUUUCAAUGACAAAACAUCUUUUGCAAGAAAUAUUAAAAUAGUGAUACUAAAUAUUCAUAGAUAUAGUACAACAUGUAUUUUGAAAGGAAAUAAAAGAAAAAUAUCUUGUCAUUCAAAACUUUAAAUUUAAGUUUUCCGGCAAUACUUAUGAAUUAUCAAACGUGUUUUUGCAGUGUAGUUUAAACCCCUUCCCCAAUUGAUAUUACAUUGUAUUUAUUUUUGUUAAGUUUGUAAUGUUUUAACGUUUUUUAAAGCUUUCAAAAACGAAAAUUCUUUUGCUUUUAGCUGA